UGCCUUUACGCAAUAUAAACGGCAUCAGUAUGCGACAACACACCAGCACCACCUUUCUUAUUUGGAAACAGAAAUAUCUAGGAAUGCAUGUUUGUUUCAAAAUAUGAUCUAUUUAAAGACUGUUUUGAAGAAAUUGCACGUAUUUGGUUGGCUUAAUUAGGUUUACAGAAAUGUUUCGUAUAUCAGUUAGCGUGUGUGGUCGAGGCAUUUCUAAAAGGAUGGUCCUCUUCUUAGUUGGCUUCAUCUUUCUCUGGAGAGAACGCUCUACCCUCAAAUGUACGCAUCCCUUCCAAUCUCGUGGACCAUGCAAGAUCAAAGGCCCCCUCCUCCAUCAGACUCCCGUCUUCCUGUGUUGGGGAGGUGUGACGCUGUCGUCCCUGUACACCUGAGCCCAGUACAGACAUGGGUGGAGACGUUGGAGAGGCAGGACAGUAAACGGUUAGGUUUGGUUGACCUUCACCCCGAUGUCUUUGCAGUCCCUACCAGGUGGUGUUUCUCAUGGACCCAGAGGACCAACCAGUUUUUACUACUUGUUUCCCAUGAAAGUACGUGUUCAAGGGCUAAAAAUUACCCCCAGCUCCAAACAGGAUUAUCUCCAUGUGGUUGACACUCUGAACAUCCCCACACCUGACCCACAGUACCUCAUCAGAUACUGACAUUGGGGGGGGAGUCUGUUUUGAUAGUUGAUGUGUAAGUAUCAGCAGUGAACAAAAAAAACCUCAGUGGACAUCCUAGCUGACGAUUGAGUCUUUGAUAUUUUACAGGGGCGAAGAGCUUCCUGAGAACAUCCUUCAGGGCACUGAGCGCUUGAAGACUGUGAAUGUCAUUCCAGCCAUAGGUAAGUUGACACUAAUUUAGAAAAUUACUAGGACUUGUCUUGAGACAUGGAUUGUGUAUGUGUGCCAUUCAGAGGGUGAAUGGGCAAGAUGUGGGUGCCUUUGAAUGGGAUAUGGUAGUAGGUGCAAGGCGCACCUGUUUAUGUCAAACGCUGCUGGGUUUUUCAUGCUCAACAGUUUCCCGUGUGUAUCAUCAAUGAUCCACCACCCAAAGGACAUCCAGCCAGCUUGACUAACUGUGUGACGCAUUGGAGUCAACAAUGGCCAGCAUCCCUGUGGAACGCUUGACACCUUGUUGAGUCCAUGCCCCAACAAAUUGAGGCUGUUCUGAGGGCAAAAGAGGGUGGGCAACUCAAUAUUAGGAAGGUGUUCUUAAUGUUUCGUACAGUGUAUAAUUUACCUAGGAGCAACAGAGUUAGAUUACAUGGUACUAUGUAACACAUUUACUGUUACUAUACAGGUGAGGGCAAAUUCAUGUAAAGUUAAAAUCUUUCCUGAUACCUUGUCUUCCACAGGCCUGAACGUUCA